AUGGGUCCUUUCCAUUCAAAAGAUGGAAAUCGAAAACAUAUAUACAGAGACAAGAAUCUAACGAAAACGGCUUCUAUUGAUGAAUCUUCAAUUGAAAUGUCACCUGUUGUUGUUUGGUGUGAUGGAUCAAUCGAUUUAACUAAAAAUUCAGAUGAUGAUAUAAAUACAUUAGUUCAACUUGGACGUAUUGUAAGUAAAAAACGGAAACUUAUACAUACAUUUAAUGAUUUAAAUAUAUGUCAAGAUUUUAUAAAACAUGUCAAUAAUAUUUUUCUUAUUGUAUCUGGUCAAAUGGGAAGAGAACUUAUACCAUUAGUUCAUGAUCUUGAUCAAAUUCAUUCGAUAUAUAUUUUCUGCAUGAAUAAAUCUACUCAUGAAUCAUGGGCAAAACAAUAUAAAAAAAUUCUUGGAGUUUUUACAGAUAUAGAAGAAAUAUGUGAACAAUUGAAAAGAUAUUUUAUUUUACAAUUAUCAUAUGAAUAUGAACAAUUACAAUUUGAUAUUUUAAAUAAAAAUUUUACAUUACCAACAACUGAUCAACAAGAAUUACCAUAUAUAUAUAUAAUCUUAAGUAAAUUAAUAUUAUCUAAUAUGAUUUCAAUAAAACAACAAGAUAUGAUAAAUUAUUGUCGAACAGAAUAUACAAGUAAAUAUCAAUUAAAAAUAAUUGAUCAAUUUGAACAACAUUAUUCUGAACAUAAUCUUAUAUGGUGGUUUACAAGAGAUAAUUUUUUUCAAGAAAUUAUUAAUCGAGCAUUACAAUUAAAUGAUUUAUAUACAUUAUGUAUGAUGAAUCCAUUUAUAAAAGAACUUAAUAAUAAACUUAAACAAUUACAAAGAGAACAAAUAUCUUCAUCACCAAAAAUACUUCAACUUUAUUUCAGUCAAUUAUUACCAAAUGAUGAUUUUGUUAAAUUACAAUUAAAUCAAGAUGGACUUAUUUGUAUUAAUGAAUUUGUAUUUGCAAAUACAGAAAGAAUAUUACCAUUAACGUAUAUUGAACAUCAAGAUUCUAAAAUAAAUACUAAUUAUAUUAAAGUUCUUUUUAAAAUUUCUAUUUCACAAACAAAUGAAUCAAAUUGUUUGUAUGCUAAUAUUGGUACUGUAAGUGAAUUUGUUCAUGAAAAAGAAUAUCUUUUAUCAAUGUCAAGUAUAUUUCGUAUUGGAAAAAUUGAGCAACUUCCUGAUGUUCCAUCAAUUUUGUUGGUUAAUUUAACAUUAAUUGAUAAAAAUGAUAAAAAUCUAACUGAUCUUACACAAUUUAUAAAUGUUGAUCAAUUACGUCGAAAUAAUGAUUUAUCUCAAAUAAGUUCUAUUAUUAGAAAUGAAUUACAUCAAUUUAAAUCACUACGAAAAUUAUUGGAACAACAAUUUAAUUCAGAAACUAAAAAAAUUCGACCGAUUCUUUUACAUUAUAAUAUGGGAAUUAUAUUUGAUUGUAUAAAUGAAUAUGAAAAAGCAUUAGACGAAUAUAAAUCUGCAAUGAAUUUAACUCGAAAGUCUGGAUCGAAUAAUUAUCAAAAAGAUAAUUUAUAUUUUAUACCAUUAUUUUCAAAUAUGGGAUUAACUUAUCAAAAUAUGAAUAUACCUAGUCAUGCAUUUGAGCAUGCUUUUCGUGCAUUAAAUAUUCUUUCAAAUAAUCGAGAAAAUUCACCAUAUCAAUCUGAACUAUUUGCUUCAGUCUAUUUCAAUCUUGGAUCAAUACUUCAUCUACAAGGAAAAAUUUCUGAAGCUUAUUGUUAUUAUAAACAUGCAUUGAAAAGUAGAUCUCAAUAUUUAUCAAACGAUCAUCCAGAUGUAAUUAAUAUACAGAAUAUAAUAACAUCAUUAUCUACUGAAGAAAACAAUCUUACACAUUAA